AGAGAGAGAGAGAGGAGAGAGAGAGAGAGAGCAUCAGUGUUGUUUGUGCUGCGAUCAGAGAGCAGAGAGGACCUCUUCAUCACGACACAACCAGCGGCUUGAUUCCAGGCACAGCUGCAGAAUCCCUCAUCAUGACUAAAGAGGAGAACCUGGAGGUGCAGGAGAAGGAGAGGCACGACCGAGAGGAACAGGAGGAGGGCAGGGUCCAGAAGGAGGAGGAGGAGGUGCUGACGGAGGAGGAGGAAGAGGAGGAGGAGAAAGAGGAGGAGGAAGAUGAGGAAUACGGGCUAGAGGAGGAGAGGGAGGGCGAGGGCGAGGAGAGGGCGGAGGUGGACGACGAAGACGAGGACGAGCAGGAGGAGGAGCAGGAGGAGAGAGAGGAGAGGGAGGAAGACGAGGAGCAUCUGACCGGCAGGGAGCAGGAGGCCGAGCAGGAGCAGGAACCGCUGUCCGUGUCUCAGUACCAGAGUCCGGUUCACGAGCCGCGUCGCAGAGCCAUGGUGCACCCCUCUGCCCAGGCCCCUCUGCCCCAAGACUACACCUUCACCUUCUUCGACCCAAAUGACCCGGCCUGUUUGGAGAUCCUCAUGGAUCCUCAGACCACCAUCCCGGAGCUGUUCGCUAUCGUGCGUCAGUGGGUUCCCCAGGUGCAGCACAAGAUCGACAUCAUCGGCAAUGAGAUCCUGAAGCGAGGCUGCCAUGUGAAUGACCGCGACGGCCUGACCGACAUGACGCUGCUGCACUACAGCUGUAAGGCCGGCGCUCAUGGAGUCGGCGACCCGUCCGCCGCCCUGCGUCUCACCAGUCAGCUGAUCUCUCUGGGCGCUGACGUCAGUCUGAGGAGCCGCUGGACCAACAUGAACGCUCUGCACUACGCCGCGUACUUCGACGUCCCAGAACUGAUCCGAAUCCUGCUGAAAGCGGCUAAACCCAGAGUGUUGAACUCCACCUGCAGUGAUUUUCAUUACGGCACGGCUCUCCACAUCGCCGCCUCCAACCUCUGUCUAGGGGCCGUCAAAUGUCUGCUGGAGCACGGAGCAAACCCCAGCGUCCGGAAUGAUAAGAGCCAGGUCCCGGGCGACGUGGUCCCCGACCCGAUGGACAUGAGUCUGGACAAGGCGGAGGCGGCCAUGGUGGCCAAAGAGCUGAAGCAGCUGCUGCUGGACGCCGUCCCUCUGAGCUGUAACCUCCCCAGAGCCACGCUGCCAAACUACGACAACAUCCCCGGAAACCUGAUGCUGUCCUCCCUGGGGAUGAAGCUGGGCGAGCGCGUACUGCUCGACGACAUGAAGCUCCAGAGAGACCCGAGCAGAGACGACAGCCAGCCUGAAAACCUCAAACAGACUGGCACGCUGAGGUUCUGUGGGACUACAGAGUUCGCCAGCGGUCAGUGGGUCGGCGUGGAGCUCGACGAGCCGGAGGGGAAAAACGACGGCAGCGUGGGCGGCGUCCGCUACUUCAUCUGCCCUCCUAAGCUCGGGAUUUUCGCUCCCGUGUCAAAGAUUUCCAAAGCAAUGGAUCAGGCACCUUCCUCCGUCACCUCCACACCACGAACCCCCCGCUUGGACCUGGCCUCCCGCCUCGCCAGACGGACCAAGAAGGAGAAAGAGAAGAAGGAGAAGGAGAGAGAGAAAGCCCAGAGGAAGAAGACAUCAGUCGCCAGUCUGGAUCCGGAGGGACUGAACGUAGAAGUCGGGGAUCAGGUUCUGGUGGCCGGACAGAAAAACGGUAUCGUCCGCUUCUACGGGAAGACAAACUUUGCUCCAGGUUACUGGUUCGGCAUCGAGUUGGAUCAGCCGACAGGAAAACACGACGGCUCGGUGUUUGGAGUUCGCUACUUCAGCUGCCUGCCCAAAUACGGAGUGUUUGCUCCGCCCUCCCGUGUGCAGAGAAUCGGAGGCCCUAAAGAAGGCUCGCAGAACGACAAAUCCAUGAUGAAGAAAGUCCACCAAGUCACCAUGGCACAGCCGAAGCGUAACUUCAACACGAUGCGUUCUCCUAAAGACCUAACCUCUGAGAGCUCCAUAUCCAGGUUGCUGUUCUGCUGUUGGUUUCCGUGGAUGCUGCGUGCUGAGAUGCAGUCCUAACCACGCCCUCCUUCUUCCUCCUCAGACUCCACCACCGGAUCGAUCUCCCUUGCUCCUCUUUCUCUUCAUCUUUUUACUUUUUGCUCUCUCCUCUCUCUCUUAUUCUCUUCAGACUCUCGCUGUCGUCGGUCGAACUUCUCGUAGUGAAACCCCCGGCCCUCUCCUCUCUUACUCUCAGCCCUCUAAUUUAGCCGUUCUAUAGCAAAAUCUAUAGUGCCUUGUAUCUGAUCAAACGUCCUGCAUUCCUUUAAAGAAACUGAGAGUCCAGCUCUGCAGAAGCAAUUCCCCCCAAAAUACUCUAUGAACAUCUUGUCACUUUUUAUCAACAACUUCUGAUCUCGUCGUCAAAGCCUAGUGUCCGUCCACAUUGUGUCUUUAUUCAGGGCAGAAAAAGUUUCUUUACAAAUAACAAAAAAAUCAAAAACAUUAGUGUUUACUUUGUUUUAGCUGCUACUUGAUUUGAGUCUCGACAAAUGAAAGCCAACUUUAGAACAUGUCUUAAACCUGCAAAAUACUGUCUUAGCUUGAGUCAAAUAUGGCAAGGAUGCAGAUUUAAAUCCAAGCAAAGAUUAGACUCUGACACCAAGAACUUAAACGUCCACCGUCUGAGGUCGACGGUUCUCUUUUGUGUUCAGACUCUCUCUGCAUGCUGAAGUCCUGAUCCUGUUUAUGCAGAAACCACUUUUACACAAGCAUGUGGCCUCUUAUUUACCCUUAAUUCUUAUGUGUUUCAGGAUAAGUCCAAACUUCUAAGUUUUCAUCCUAAACCAGAACUUUCUGUUACACUUGAGGUUCAGGUCCGAGCUAUUCUGGUGUUUUAUAAGUCCCUGAAGGAAGGGACCCUGAAGGAAUGUUUUUGGAAACAUUGUUGACCCUGUUUGAAUUAAGAAAUUCACCCACUUCCUAUAAGGAGUUUCCGGCUCUUGUGCCCGCUAAAUCUGUGCAAUUGAGUCAAAAUGAUACCGUCUAUUUACAAAACACAUGCAAAGGGUUAACUGUGCCUCUAACUGCGCCACCGAACAAAAAGUGUCUCUUUGCUCUGGUGCCUCUUUCUAUGUAAAUGAGCGUCAUUGCAAAAAGCCUCCAAUCCGUGAACAACGACACUAACAGUUGCGCACAGUUAAAGUGUAAAUAUGACAGUCUGCUGCGAAUUGGUGGUAACUGCGCCGCAGUAUUUUAUAAGGGAUGCCACAUGCAACUUCCCAGUAAUCAUGACAACAAUUCUGCCUCUGUGUUAGUGAUGUGUCUGUUUUGAACGAGCGCCCUUUUAAAGCUGGUUUCCUCUUUUUGUUGUUAUCUGAUACAAGACAAAAUAACGGGAUGAUCUUUUCUCCACACCAUUCGUCCAAAGGCACACCUAGUGAGUUACAGCGAGUUCCGGCAUCCCAGAGCCAAUCCCCACACCCACAGGUGAAAUGAGAAAAACAGGCAGGAGAGUCUGCAGAGAGAUGUUAGAAAGAGAACAAGGACGAGCUCCAACCCGCCGGUGUGCGGCUGCACACUAGAGGAAGGGUGCGAAUGGCUGGUGACGCGAACACAAAAUCCUCUGUAGACCAGACCGCCUCAUUUCAGAGCGACCUGAGCAGGUCUACGCAGGCAACGAGGGCUGGGUCCUUCGAAAGGUUGAAUUUGGACACAGCUGCUGUUUGGCUAUGAAAACUUAGGAGUGUGGACGGAGCCUUUGGGAGACAUUUUCUCCUCUCAGAGAACCAGGGUUACACAUGUAACUUAAAGUCAGGGCUUUGGAUCAGAUCUCAUCCUCAAAGACUUUCUAACUGUAGACUGUGGGUCUUAGAAUUUAAAUCACCUGCAUGCUUUAAUCUCCAACUGAAAACAGGGUCAACCAACGUCAUGUUUGUAUCAUAGUGUUCCAGUCAGUCGUAUGUUUUAUGACCUUCAUGUUGGCGUCAUUGAACUGUUGGGAUGUGAGAUCACUAAGUCGUUCUUCUGGUCUUGUGGGAGACACGAGGACGCUGCUGGGCCGUUUCCUUUACUGCCAACAUCUUAAAAUCAACAAAAGUUAGACGAAGGUGUACAGCUGUAAGAUCAGGUUUGUCUUUGAGUUGGACUGGAUAUUUCCGUCAUAACACUAAAAAUAGAGGACGUACUGUAGUCAGGCAUUAUAGCAACUGAACGCCUUAGGAAUAAUUUUCAUUAUCAAUCAGUGUUUUGCCAAAUAGAAACAUUAGUCCAUCUAGUUAGAGGUCAAAUGUAUGAUAUAAAUCUAAUGAAGAGCUGUAACCUGUCGUUAACCAAAAGUGCUAACAGACCCAAAACCACGACUUUGUUUGAUGCAACUUAAAAAAUCGAAAAUGUUUAAAUCAAAGUGUUUUCAGCCCUGUUGAGUUUCACGUGAAUCUUUCUGUGUUGAUGAUAAUCACUUGUACAUAUUCGUCCUCCCUUCAUCGAACUCUUCAUACGGGAAGUUAAACUCUUGCUGAGCUCGACAGAGAGGUCAUGAUUUGUAAAAGUUUCCCUCUCUUUCUCUCUCCUCCUCUCUCGUCCCCUCUUUCUCCAUUUGAAAAUACAUUUUUGUGAAUGUGAGCACCUGCAAAAAAGACUAACAAAAACAAGUUGAUCUAAACUUACGUGUGUGCUUAAUGUUAAAAACAAUUCUCUCUCUUGAAGUAUAACUGCAAGCAGCAAUAUGUAAACAGUGUACCUAUCUCUGUGUGGAAAUGGUUCCUGUGUUAAUGUCUCUUUACACUCUGUAAGCACACCGAUACACAGAGAUGAACACGCUCACACUCCGACGGCCGAGGCUGCCGGGGACCAGAUACACAAAACUCAACAGAACGACCGAAUCAGCAAAAUAAAUCAAUCUGUGAAGUCGAAAAUCAAAGGACUUUUGAUUUGCUAAGCUCUGAUAAAUAGAACUUAAAGGAAGAAUGUGAGACUUUUUGAUCCAGUAGAUGUCGCCCUUGAGCACCAGCAUGAAACUAAAACAAACUGCUGUUAGGCCACGCCUCCUCCAUCCUGAAGCCUUCGCUCUCCUCCAGAGGCACACCUCCAACCCCUCUCCACUCGCGAUCCCACUGAGGAGUUUAGCGCAAGCGCCAAACAAAAUUGCCCUCAGCUCGAGCUGCAACUGCCUGUGUCUUGCAUUGUUGUGUUAGCAUGCUAAUGUUAGCGCUCUUUAGUUAGCGCAUAGCUUCACAUUGCAUAUAAAUUGAAAAACCUGACUUUUUUUAAUCCACCUGCUCUGAAACCAGUCAGUCAGAAAAACAACUGUCUGGUCGUUUUGGGUAAAACCAACAAACUGAACAAUUUUCUGAGAUUCUUCUCUCAGUCGGUCUUCAUGCUCUGCAGCCUCGGCCAAAGGAAACACUUUGUGGUUGCUCCUGCACUCUGCUGUUGAUAAAUGUUCUUACUGUGGCCGUGGAUUCAGCUUCAACUUCUUACUAAUGAUAACUUCAGCGCUUACUAACAUCGGGUGUUCAGUUUUGCUCAACCAGGCCGUUAUCUGACCAACGCUUUCCAUUCUCUCUAAGCUGCGCUGAAUGUCCCAGCGACUAGCACUUCUCUAAACUCCCAACCUUUCUCAUGAGUUGUAUGUGGGGUCCUGAUAUGUGUAACUAGCAUGGGUUUUGAACCCAAAAACUCUAUGAGAACAACAAAAAAGAGAUUUGUAGAGAAGCGAUGGCCAGUUGAUGCUUCCAAGCUUUCCUUAAAUUGACUGGAAGGAAUAACUGGACAUUUCUGCAGGUAUAUUUUUCUUGAGAAAAUAACCUUUCCUAGACAGAAGUUUGCAAUACCCCCAAUUUUAUUGUUGGAGGAUCCCACCAUGGUUUCCUCCUGUGCUUGUUGACAGGAAGAAGCAUUCUUCUUAAUGUUCUGAUUAUUUGAGAAAACUUAAAACGCUUUAUGACGACUGAUAACAAAGCAAGAAAACCACACUUAUCUUUCUGAAUCCUGACUUGGACUCCCCCUCAGCCUCUUAUAUAAACCGCUAGAUGAUCGAAACUGUCUUUGAAACGUUCUGUAAACCGAUUUCUUGAAAUCCUGUUAAAGUGAUAUGCAGACGACUCAAAGCUUUACCUUCUCAAAGUCAUACUUGUAGAUUCUUUCUCUAGCCGUCCCCCUUUCCAAACCUGAACCACACCGUUCCUCUAGAUGAUGUAGUUAACCUCUGUUUAUAAUUUCACACACCGGCUGAAACUCAACCCCCUCCCCUGCAGAGUCGGGAUCCUCCGCCUCCUUCAUGCUAUAAAGGAACAUAGAUGUCAGUGGAGCACAGUGACGGUGAGGUUUGUCUUUGUACAGUAAACGUACAGUACAGUCAAUAUGUCCCUGUUGGUUUGAACAUGCUGUUCUUUCUGCAGUGUAAAUGUGGAGCUUGCUCUGGUUCGGCCACUAAGUGUCAGUAGUGAGUCACUGGUUAAUCUUCUUACCACAGACAACGUGUCACAUGAGCUUUUAUUCUGUUUGCUUCAUUUUAAGGACAACACUGGUGCUGCAUGUUUUAGCUUUUCAACUGAAGUUUCAUCGGUUGUUUUUAUGGGUUUAUUAUGUGUAGCAGACUUUGGUUUGUUUUAUUUCUCAGGACAAAGUAACACUCAAACUUUUUGAAUCUCUGACAAAAUUUCAACACUAUUGAUUUCAGGACCACCAACCCAGACAAGCAAUCUUAAAGGGUUGCACUUUGGUUGAGUUUGGACUCAACAACCUUUUGGUUUAUUGAAAAAAAUAGAUUGUGGGUUGACUUCAAAGAAUUACUCUUGCUUGGGAAAUUGGUCCGGCAGAGUCUCGUGACCACUAUUUUACAGUCUCGAAAUCAAAAGCAUUUUUGCUCUGUCUUGUCUCGGUCUUAGACUGGGCGGACUCUAGAUUUUAAAUCAAGACCACCACUGAUUGGCUAUUUUAACGUAUUUACUGCAAUUUAGUCAGCAGCGUCUUUCUCAUGAAACGUUAAAACAUUCAGAAUCACCAGUUUUGUCCUUUAAAUUCUCAAUAAUCGAUCAUCGUUCAUGUCCAAGAAUAAAAUGUCGAUCUCCUUCUCAUAGAAACUAACUCAGCACUGGUUGUUUUCAAUACGUCUUAAGAAUGGACAGUACAUAGCCUAUAUUUUGAUAACUUCACUAAGUGUACUUUUUGUUUUCUGGUUUUUGUAAGUGUGUGUGUUAUUUUCUGUGCUCGGUCACAGUCCAUGUGUGUGAGUAACUCCUGUUUGAAAAGUGUGUGAAGCUGACAGACGUUAAAGGGGAAACAGGGGAGAAGGAGCACCGUCCUCACCCUGACAGUAACUCACUGCAUGCUCUCUCUCUUUCUCUCUCUCUCUCUGUAACUUUCUCUCAGAAUUUCUUUUGUUUUUUUCAAUAAGUGUAACUUCUUCUCAUCAGCAUGGAAAUGCUUCUAAUAAUAACAGUGACGACUCUAUGACUCUAUGACUAUAAUAAAGAAUUUGAUGUUGUUUUUCUAA